CUGCUCCAGAAGCAGGCCUGUCAACUUUGGGCCCGACCUAGGAAGACAAGGCCAGCGGUAGAUCCGAACCGUCAUUGUUUAGAACCACAGAUAGACAUUGCCGCCAACAUUAUUAAAGUAGAAAUCCGCUUGACGUCACAUGUGCAUGAAGCGGUCAGAACGUUUCUAACGACGUUGAUCAUUGCAAGCUGGCUUAAUCUAUACAUGGGAGAUAUUCUUCGGGUCUCCAAAGAUGAACGCCUCCAAAACAAAUUCUUCAUUCAUUUCCUGCGUAUUAUCGAUAGAGCUUUCAUCUUUACUGGGCAGAACACGGUGUAUGAAGCAAUGGUAUGGUGGCGUGUCAGAACACAGGCCAGGCCUACUGUGGUGGGUUGGGCUUGUCGCUAG